GGAGGACUGACGGAGUAAAUAAAUAAGAAAAUUGCAGACAUAAAAGCCUGAGAGUGAGUGAUGAGAGAGAACGCAAAUUAAGAACUGAGAGAAAGAAAAAGAGAGAGAAAGAGAAAGAGAAAGAGAGUUCGUUUUGUGUGUGACUGUGUGUUUUUCUGUGUGGGCUGUGAGUCACACCACAUAAGCUUAUCACCUCAUCACCUUCUUCUUCUUCUUCCCCUUCAAUUUCAUUUCAUUUCAUUACCAUUUUAUUCAUUUUCCGAUCACCGGAAAAACUAUCCCAAAUGGGAGAGGAAGAGAAGAAACCGGAGGAGAAAAAGCCCGAGGAGGCUAAGAAAGAAGUUGAGGCAGAAAAGAAGACGGAAGAACCACCAAAAGCCGACGAAAAGAAGGCGGCGGAGGAAUCCAAGGAGAGCCCACCGCCAGCUGCUGACGCUGCGGCGGAGGCUCCGGCUCCACCUCCUCCGCCGCAAGAAAUUAUCCUGAAAGUCUUCAUGCAUUGUGAAGGAUGUGCUCGUAAAGUUCGCCGGAGCCUCAAAGGGUUUGAUGGAGUGGAAGAAGUAGUGACGGACUGCAAGACGAGCAAAGUGGUGGUGAAAGGCGAAAAGGCGGACCCACUUAAGGUGUUAGAAAGGGUUCAGAGGAAGAGCCACCGUCAAGUUGAGCUUAUUUCUCCGAUUCCGAAACCUCCGUCGCCGGAGGAACCCAAGAAGGUUGAAGAGAAAGAAGCCGUUAAGCCUGAAGAGAAAAAAGAAGAGCCCCAAGUAAUUACAGUUGUUUUGAAAGUCCACAUGCAUUGUGAAGCUUGUGCUCAAGAAAUCAAGAGGCGCAUACUGAAAAUAAAAGGAGUUGAAUCUGCUGAGCCGGAUCUUAAGAGCUCGGAAGUGACGGUAAAAGGAGUAAUCCAGCCACCCCAGUUGGUUGAUUUCAUCUACAAAAGAACUGGUAAGCAUGCUGGCAUUGUGAAGGUGGAACCAGAGAAGAAAGAGGAUGACAAACCCAAAGAAGAAGCAAAGGAUGAUAAGAAAGACGGCGAAAAGGAUGCGAAAAAAGACGGCGAUAAGGAUGGCGGCAAAGCGGAGAGCAAGGAAGGCGGUGGCGGCGAUGGUAGCGCCCCUGCUGCGGCCGGGGAAGGAAAGCAAGACCAGGCAGCCGGAGGAGGAGGAGGAGAUCAAGGUGGAGAAGCAGAGGACAAUGCGAAAUUGGAAAUGAAGAAGAAUGAGCUAUACUAUUACUACAACUAUCCCCCACAAAAUUUCCAACAACUCAAUCACCAUGGGUAUGUUCAUGAAUCAUAUGGGUAUCCAUCAUAUCCUCCUCAGAUGUUCAGUGAUGAAAAUCCAAAUGCAUGUUCUGUAAUGUAAAGAAAAAAUUAAAAAUUAAAAAAAAAUGGAGGGAUGGAUUCUGAAUUUUCUGAUGAGAUUUCAGUUUGGUUUCUGGUGAGAUUGCACAUGGGGUUAAAUGUUGAUGGCCCCCUUCAAUCUGGACAAUCUUGAUGUGCUAUACAUGUGGCCCUGUCUGGAGGAGAGGAGGAGGAGUAGGAGAGGUGGGCAUUUUGAUUUGAGUUUUAGUACUAUAAUCUGCAGGGGAGAAAAAAAAAAGAAAAAAGAAAAACGAGGGGUCUGUAGAAUAUUGCAAGGGGCUAAUGCUGCUAAUGUACCAUUGCCUUUUACUUUAUUAUAUAAUUAUUAGGGUACUGAAACUGUUAGUGCUAUUAUGAUAUUAUGUAACCUCUGUUAGAUACUCGAAAUAAAUAAUUCACAUAAGAAAUGUGGUACAUAUGUUCAUUACAGUACUUUUAUAGAGUUUGUAUAUAUAUAGCCUUUAAUUCCCAAAGUCUAGCUGGUUAUGAUUUCGAUUCUUUUGACUUUAUUUUUUGAGGGGAGAGGGUGGGGUAAUUGUAAUUUGUGAAUUGUGAUGGAUAAGAUUCGAACUUGUGAUCUCUUAUUAAAGUUCUAAUUGUGCUACGACUCAAACUUUUAAUACUAUGAUGAUGUUCUGAAUUUGCUAACUACUAGUAUGUGAAAUAAUAGGAUUUGAACUUUUGAACUCGUGAUCUCCUAUUAAAGUUCUGAAUGCGCUAACUAUUAGUUUCUGA